AUGUACUCGUGUUUCCAUGAGGUGAGACGAAAAGCAAAUCGGAAUCCGUUUUUUUCAAAAGCUUUUUCAUUUAUUCAGGAAAUAAUUAAACGUUUUAAACAGACUGCUGCGUUCUGGAGUAAGCCUACCCAUAAUUCUUUUGUAACUCCAACGAAUAAUACUAAGGCAAAUUUGGACAAAGUUUAUUUGAGAUAUGUGUAUUUGUUUCAUCAUACUGUUUUGCAUUAUUUUCAAGCAAAAAUAUAG